AUGUGCUUUUACGAGAGGACGGAUUUCAGCUGCGGAGACUGGAGAUGGGGCAACAUGAAACAACGUUGUCCUCGCCAGCCUCGAAUAGGCGAGACUUGUCCGGCCAGGCUAGUCGACGAGCACAACGUGACACAUUCAGACGACGUGUGUAAGACAUGCCAGGAUAUAGCCACCAAGAACAGACGACUUCGAAACUGCCGAGAAAACUUGGGGCGCUGGAAGGCCGAGGGCAACAGGUUCCAGGCCAGCAUCGAGAAAGUGAGCCGAGAAGCGCGUCAACUUGAGGAAAUCAUCCGCGAGUUGGAGAGCAAGCGU